UGCAAACAAGCAAAUUUUGGUUCCUGGCUGUGUCGUGCUUCCACCGUCCUUCUUGCCUUUGCUGCUUUCCCUUUUCCUCCCCCACCCCUCUCCCAACCUCCGUCGCAUACGCUACUACUGCUGUUGCUAGUACCACUGCUACUAUUAACACACCCUCCCCGCUCUUGCUCUCAUUGACUACCCCAAAAAAAAUAAAAAAAAUUUAUACAUUGCCUCAACAUGGAUGUUCAAGGAUACUUGCCUCCGCCGCCAACAGCAGCAACAACAGCAGCAACACACCGUCCUGAGGAUGCCAAGGUGCUCCAUUAUGCGCAAGUCAACCUGACACAAGCCAACAACAGCAAGCCGCCUUCAUUGCCGCCCAUGGCCACUGUGCCCUCUCGUGGAGCGUCUGUCAAUGAACCAGAUUGCAACGGCUCGGUGACCAGCGAAGGACGGUCAUCCUCGCCGUCGCCGCCUUAUGCAUCAUCUUGGCCGCCCCUGAAACAUCACCAUCAGGACGCUGAAUUGUCUGCCAUUCCUGCCUUUGUCUUUGACAAACGAAAGAGCAGUCCGGCCGUCCUGGGGUUGCCGUUAGGACUGAACGACGAGGCUCAAGCACAACUGAGCUUGCAUUUAUCACAGCAACGCAACUCUAUUGAGGCAGCCAUGCUGCUGGCCAAUUUUAAUCGGUUGCCUUCUACCCCCGCUGCUGAUCCUACUGAUGCUACUGCUUCUACGGACGAUGAUGACAAGGACCCGUCAGCAGCCGACGAUAACAGCUCUGAACACAAGCCAGCUUCGUGGCAGGAGGACAGUUUCUCGGUUGCGUCGGACAACUCGCUCUCGCACAACAACAACAACAACAACAGAAACAGAAACAGAAACAACCGUCCGCGGAGGCAUUCGUACGAUGCAAGCAUGACGUGGGCAUCCUUACCUUCCGACAGAUCCACGUUCCUGCAAGAUCUGUCAGGCUCAUCUUCAUCGUCGUCCUCGGCGUCGUCUAUGGUCCAUCCUCAGCAACUACCGUAUCAUCUCCAUCCUCAUCAACAGCAACACCAUCCUCCUCCUCAUCAUCAUCAUCCUUUCCACCCUCAUCUCCACCAUCAUCCACAUCUCCAUCCAACCGCAAAGUUGACGUUCGUGCAAGACAUGUCGCCUGCCAUGUUGCACCCGCCGCCAUCGUCUGCUGCUGCUGCUGCUGUCGGCGCGUACCCUGUUCAUGACUCAGCCAACAUGAUCCACCCGUUGUCAGCAUCGUCUGAUCAGAAACAACAACACGACUUUGGUGACCAGACAACAACAACAACAAGUUCAUCGUCGUCGUCGUCGUCGACGAUGCCACAUCCACCGCCACCACCGCAACAUCCACAUUACUAUCCGUAUCAUCCGCAUCCUUACAUGCACCAUCCAGCAGCAGUACCACCACCUCAUCCACAUGCAACAUCAUCAGGACCGCCACCAGGAACAGCAGCAGCAGCAGUAGUAGGUCCUCCGCCAGGCCAUCCUCAUGCACAUUACUAUUAUCAGCAUGUGGGUAAACUCCCAUUACCGAUCCCUAUCGACGGCAUGAUGCACGCGCCAUUGCCUGGCCAGUUCCCACCGAUGCCGACGGGUGCUGUGCGCUCACCUAACAGACGAAAGAAGAACCGGAUGGAAGUGGACGAGGACGACAUGUCGACAGCUGUUGAGCCUGGCGACCCCGACUUUCCCGACAUGUCGCUCAAGGAUAUCGAAGCAGCGCGUGUGGAUCCCGAGGCUCGCCCUCGACGACAAAAGCUGCGCUAUGUCGGUGACAAGUACACGCCUCAGUGGGUUCGAUACAAUGGCCAAGCCAAGGAAGGAUUGUGCGAUACGUGUCAGCCUGGCAAGUGGCUUCAACUGAAAAACAGUGCUUUCUGGUAUCACAAGCAGUUCUUCCAUGGUAUCUCGUCAGUAUCGGGUAAAGAAUUCAUGCAGCCGUUGGAGACGCGUUGGGUCGACCAGGACCUGGUUGAAGGGCUGUGCCACCAAUGUCGUCAGUGGGUCUCGGUCAGCAAUGUAAAAAGAAAAAACAGCGUGCUCUGGUACAGACAUGCGCAUAAGUGCCAUGUCUAUCACAAGCCAAAGCCCAACGCACCCAAAAGACGCUAGCAACCUCUUCUUUGGCAAAAAUCCAAACAACAAACAAAAAAAACAAAAAAACGUAAAAGUGAAAAUUUGUAACCUUUGCUUCCUUUGUCCUUCCUGCUCUUCAUAGUCGGCUCCUUCUAGAAUGCCUGUCUCUCUCUCUCUCUUGAAACCGCCCACCCCUUGCCCUUCUUCGUCUUCCUUCUUCAGCGAUAUAUAUUUUACCGUGUAUAUAUUUAUUUUGUUUCGUGUAAAUGGCGUUUAUCUCUCACCCUCUCUCACCCUCUCUUCCGUAUCUUAUCAAGUUAUCCCCCUCUCCCCCUAAAAAAUCUCGCGGCGUAAAAAAAAAAAAGAAUCUUUAGUUUAGUACCUAUAUAUUCCGUAGUUUAUCCAGUGCCCAAAAAAAUAAAAAUUAUAUUAUCAAAUUGCUUAUAUUAUUAAAAAA